ACCGCGCUUCUUUCUUUUCUUUAGGAAGAUGCUUACAAAUAAGGUUAAAAAUAAGAAACGCUGGAUAUGGAACUAAUCAGCAUGGGGAAGGGGCUUGGGACUAUUGUAUCUGGAAAGUCCCCCCCAUUCUAUCACUUAUUAAUUCAACAUUUACUGAGCGCCUACUGUGUGCCUGAGAGUCAAGGAUAAACACUGGCGUGACAGCGAUGCUGCCUUCCCAGCCCCGUUUGUCCCAGGGCCAUGUCUCCCUUCUUGGCCCCUGGAAGCAUUUGCUGCGUGCUUGCUGUGGAGGAAGCACAUGCUCAGUGCUUCAGGCUGCUUUCCUGCCUUUGGCAAGUGAUCAUACACAUCCCUGUGUUCACCUUUUUAUAGAAUCUUCUAUUCCUGGGAAAAGUUUUAGAACAUUAGCUAUAUAAUUUCGCUCUUUUUGCCUCACCCAGGAUCCCCCAUCCAGAUAUCCUUAACCAAAAUCAGGCUUCACUAUUUAGACAGCACAAAGGGAGACUGAUUGGCUCAGCCCAGGAAUCUACUACGGAAUUGUGUGCACCCAGGUCAGAGCCCUAUCACCCCCUAACUAUGCCAGGAGGGUGGGCAUUGCAGCCAGUUAUCCACAGCCUGUCAAGCUACAGUUCAGAAGCAUGUGCAGAGAUGUCCCCCUUCAGGCUCAACCUUCCUUGAGGAUGGAGAGUGGCCUUUCACCCCAUUACAGACACUUGAUUGGAUGGUGAGAAAAGGAAAGACUCCUGUGAGAAGAGAGAGAGCAGGAUGAGCAGAAGGAUCUAUGCUUGAAGUUGAGUCACUUGAAAAAGAUCUCUUUGAAUGUGGAAGAGAUCUGAGCAGAUGAAAAUACAAUCAGGAAAAUGCAAUAUGGCAGCAGCGAUGGAAACAGAACAGCUGGGUGUUGAGAUCUUUGAAACUGCAGAGUGUGAGGAGAAUAUUGAAUCACAGGAUCGGCCUAAAUCGGAGCCGUUUUAUGUUGAGCGAUACUCCUGGAGUCAGCUUAAAAAGCUGCUUGCUGAUACCAGAAAAUAUCAUGGCUAUAUGAUGGCUAAGGCACCACAUGAUUUUAUGUUUGUGAAGAGGAAUGAUCCAGAUGGGCCUUAUUCGGACAGAGUCUAUUACCUUGCUAUGUCUGGUGAGAACAGAGAAAAUACACUGUUUUAUUCUGAAAUUCCCAAAACCAUCAAUAAAGCAGCAGUCUUGAUGCUGUCUUGGAAGCCUCUUUUGGAUCUUUUUCAGGCAACACUGGACUAUGGAAUGUAUUCUCGAGAAGAAGAACUAUUAAGAGAAAGAAAACGCAUUGGAACAGUUGGGAUUGCUUCUUAUGAUUAUCACCAAGGAAGUGGAACAUUUUUAUUUCAAGCUGGUAGUGGAAUUUAUCAUGUAAAAGAUGGAGGGCCACAAGGAUUUACUCAACAACCCUUACGGCCGAAUUUAGUGGAAACUAGCUGUCCUAACAUUCGGAUGGAUCCAAAAUUAUGCCCAGCUGACCCAGACUGGAUUGCUUUUAUACAUAGCAAUGAUAUUUGGAUAUCCAACAUUGUAACCAGAGAAGAAAGGAGACUCACCUACGUGCACAAUGAGCUAGCCAACAUGGAAGAGGAUCCCAGAUCAGCUGGAGUUGCUACCUUUGUUCUUCAAGAAGAAUUUGAUAGAUAUUCUGGCUAUUGGUGGUGUCCAGAAGCUGAAACAACUCCCAGUGGCAGCAAAAUUCUUAGAAUUUUAUAUGAAGAAAAUGAUGAAUCCGAGGUGGAAAUUAUUCAUGUUACAUCCCCUAUGUUGGAAACAAGGAGGGCAGAUUCAUUUCGUUAUCCUAAAACAGGCACAGCAAAUCCAAAAGUCACUUUUAAGAUUUCGGAGAUAAUGAUUGAUACUGAAGGAAGGAUUAUAGAUGUCAUAGAUAAGGAACUAAUUCAGCCUUUUGAGAUUCUGUUUGAAGGAGUUGAAUAUAUUGCCAGAGCUGGAUGGACUCCACAGGGAAAAUAUGCUUGGUCCAUCCUACUAGAUCGCUCCCAAACUCGCCUACAGAUAGUGUUGAUCUCUCCUGAAUUAUUUAUCCCAGUAGAAGAUGAUGCCAUGGAAAGACAGAGACUCAUUGAGUCAGUGCCUGACUCUGUGACACCACUGAUUAUCUAUGAAGAAACAACAGACAUCUGGAUAAAUAUCCAUGACAUCUUUCAUGUUUUUCCCCAAAGUCAUGAAGAUGAAAUUGAAUUUAUUUUUGCCUCUGAAUGCAAAACAGGUUUCCGUCAUUUAUAUAAAAUUACAUCAAUUUUAAAGGAGAGCAAAUAUAAACGAUCCAGUGGUGGGCUGCCUGCUCCAAGUGAUUUCAAGUGUCCUGUCAAAGAGGAAAUAGCAAUUACCAGUGGUGAAUGGGAAGUUCUUGGCCGGCAUGGAUCUAAUAUCCAGGUUGAUGAAGCCAGAAAGCUGGUAUAUUUUGAAGGCACCAAAGACUCUCCUUUAGAACAUCACCUGUAUGUUGUCAAUUAUGUAAAUCCUGGAGAAGUGAUGAGGCUGACUGACCGUGGCUAUUCCCACUCUUGCUGCAUCAGCCAGCAUUGUGACUUCUUUAUAAGUAAGUAUAGUAAUCAGAAGAAUCCACACUGUGUGUCCCUUUACAAGCUAUCAAGUCCUGAAGAUGACCCAACUUGCAAAACAAAGGAAUUUUGGGCCACCAUUUUGGAUUCAGCAGGUCCUCUUCCUGACUAUACUCCUCCAGAAAUAUUCUCUUUUGAAAGUACUACUGGAUUUACAUUGUAUGGGAUGCUGUACAAACCUCAUGAUCUACAACCUGGAAAGAAAUACCCCACUGUCCUGUUCAUAUAUGGUGGUCCUCAGGUGCAGUUGGUGAAUAAUCGGUUUAAAGGAGUCAAGUAUUUCCGUUUGAAUACUCUAGCUUCUCUGGGUUAUGUGGUUGUAGUGAUAGACAACAGGGGAUCCUGUCACCGAGGGCUGAAAUUUGAAGGCGCCUUUAAAUAUAAAAUGGGUCAAAUAGAAAUUGAUGACCAGGUGGAAGGACUCCAGUAUCUAGCUUCUCGAUACGAUUUCAUUGACUUAGAUCGUGUGGGUAUCCAUGGCUGGUCCUAUGGAGGGUACCUCUCCCUGAUGGCAUUAAUGCAGAGGUCAGAUAUCUUCAGGGUUGCUAUUGCUGGGGCCCCAGUCACUCUGUGGAUCUUCUAUGAUACAGGCUACACGGAACGUUAUAUGGGUCACCCUGACCAAAAUGAACAGGGCUACUACUUAGGAUCUGUGGCCAUGCAAGCAGAAAAGUUCCCCUCUGAACCAAAUCGUUUACUGCUCUUACAUGGAUUCUUGGAUGAGAAUGUCCAUUUUGCACACACCAGUAUAUUGCUGAGUUUUUUAGUGAGGGCUGGAAAGCCAUAUGAUUUACAGAUCUAUCCUCAGGAGAGACACAGCAUAAGAGUUCCUGAAUCUGGAGAACAUUAUGAACUGCAUCUUUUGCACUACCUUCAAGAAAACCUUGGAUCACGUAUUGCUGCUCUGAAAGUGAUAUAAUUUUGACCUGUGUAGAACUCUGGUAUACACUGGCUGUUUAACCAAAUGAGGAGGUUUAAUCAAUAGGGAACAUAGAAUUGAUCAUCACAUUUUGGUACCUGCCACAUAACAUCUACUUCUGAAAGUAUGUUUGGUGCCAUGCAGGCAUCUACAGCUUGUGGAUAGUAAUCUAAUACCUUAACCAUACCCAUGCAGAAUUUGAAUGACACAUUUAUUUCUAAGGGACCCAGCAAAACCUUGAGUAAUUCUCAAGGUUUUGCUGGGUCCCUUAGAAAUAUGUGAUUAGCAUAUAAGACAUUUAUUAGCACCAUGUAUCCAUACUACCUUAUUUUCUCUUUUUAACAGCAUUAUAAACCUCAUGGACUUAAUUAGUAUAUUUUUACAGUAUACUUCUGAGUUUGUUAAAUUAUGAUGAUAUUAGUGAUUGGUUUGGUUCAAUUCCAGAAUCUCUGACUAGUUACAGAUUUGAUAGCACUUAAAUGUAAUUGAAUAGCUUAUGCUUCAUUGCUUGGGAUGUAUCCAGCAUGUUAUGAACUAAUCUAUAUUAAAUCUAUGACUUAACCAGUCAUUAAUGAUUUUCUAAGGAAAACUUAGUGGCCUCCUAAAGACACUUAUUUUGUUUCAUUCAGGCUCUGACCAGUUUUUAGCCAAUUUAAACUGUAUCUAGUAUAAAUAGUUCUCUUUGAUGAUAUGACAGAGUGGAUUUUUCCUUUUACAUAAAGGCAAGUAACUGUAUAUGUAGCAUGGGUUUAAUUAGUCUUAUAAUAUUGAUAAUUACAGGCAGAAAAAUUUUAAUCAAAUGAUUAGAGCUUAAAUAUUUGCAGGCAAUUUCUUUUCCUUUGGGAAAAGGAAAAAGUACACAUUCACUUGUAUUCUUCAGAAAAUUUAGUGAUGCCAGUUUUCACUGGGUAUUUCCUUAUUAAAAUGUUCCAGGGUUUUAGGGAGAUGGAAGGGAAUCUGGGAAGGGUGGGGGAGACCUGGGUGCAGAGAAUGACAGGGAGAGGAGAAGGCAAGGGUAUGCUUAAGAAGUAAGCAGAAGUAUAAUUUGACCAAAAAAUACUCAUGAAAAAGUUGGGAAAGUGAAAUUCAAACUCAUAGAAUGUUAGUUAAGGAAAUCAGAAUUAAGAAAUUAUUCUCUUCACAACACAGUUAUAGACUAAUGUUAUUCAGGGGAGGAAAAGUUCCUUAAGAGUUACUUUUAUAAUUCUAAAUUCUAAUUUUUUGUUACUUUCUUAAUUUUGGAAACCUUAAUCCUUUAUCCUUUUUAAAUUAUUUGAGCAUAAUUUAGAUACUGUGAGCUUAAAAUAAAGAGGUUUUCAGACAACCUCUUUACCAUAAACUGACCCUGACAGGCCAUGUCUCUUUUUCAGUGUUCAAAGCCUAUAAGCAGUUUCUUGAGUGGCUAUGACAUUUUCCUGGGUUAGCCCUAGCUCUUGACUAAGGGAGCUCAUAGACUUUCAGGUGCUAAUUGGGAUCUGUCCCCUUAGAGUCCUGCGGUGCUAGAUGGGUCACAUUGGAGCCAGUGGCGGAGGAGGCAUCUAUGAGUUUGACCCUUUUUAUCACAAGCCUCAGUGUUUGAAAAGUUGUUACUAGUACUUUUAAACAACGCUCCAAGAAUAAUUGCUUUUUCUUUCUCACCACUACACAGAGAGUGGAUUUCUCCCAUAGAGAGCACAGCCUCCAUUAGCAAGGGUGGUGACAGCAUCAGAGGUGAACUUCAUCACUGAGGGCCAGGUGGGAUAUGGGGGAAGUCCAGAAAUGGCAGGGCAACCCGGUGGUUCUGUCCUUGGAAAGGGGAUUGGGUUUGGGUUUGUGUAUUUAUACUGUAUAAUAGGUGCCACACUUUUCCCUUUUGUCUGUGUAUGUAUUGAUUUUGUUUAUGAUAUUUUCCCAUGCCGUGAUUUGUUUAUAUUUUUUCAAUGUUAAAUUAAAUUGAUUUGGGUAACUUUUCUUCCCCAGGAAAAUAUUUUCCCCCAUGACUUAAAAAGGUGGCUUUUGUGGACUAGCUGGCCUCCAAGGUUCUAUCCUUAUAUAAUAAGCAAAGUAAAAAUGGUAUGAACAAUGGCUUUUAGACAGCUACUCAUUUGAAACCUCUUGCCCGUUUUAAGGCUCUUUCUUCAAAAUGACUUCUCUUAUUUUCCCAAAACAAACCUUAAAGAACCUUAUAUACUCUUGAAUUCACAGGUUUUCCUUUUGCAUCUUGCCUUCUCCUUUCCUCCUAUCAUUAAGGAAUGCUUCUGUUAUCACUCCCAGUCAUUUAAAUGCCAUUCUCCACCUUUAGGGGGAAAAAAUACCUGACUGAAUUCCCUUGUAGAAAGACAGCUUGAUUGAAUUUGAUUUUUUAAACCGAUGUGGAAAACAUCAUAAUCAAUUCAAGCAAUCAAUAGAAAUCUUGCUAAAUCUCUUGGUACCUUGUCAAUGGGUAACAAGUAACAACUUAAAAGACAGGAAUAUAUAAAAGUAGUGGCGGUUUUGGUGAGAGCCAAAAAGCACUAGGUUAAACAUCAAAUAGGGGUUUUGUAGGCUUGAUAAAUGGGUACACUUGAUCAACCAUCAACAGAUAGAGUUGCUUGUACAUUGUUGAGCAGUGGGACUCAAAGUCUAAGAUUCAUCUGGGAUGCUUACUAAAAGAAAUGAGGUCUUGAACCGCACUCGUAGAAAUUUGGAUUCAGUUGAUUUGGGUGGAGACCAGGAAUCAGCAUUUCCAACAGGUUUUCCAGGUGAUUCUAAAGCAAGUCCUUUGUGUGCCACUUGAAGAAACUCUUCCAUAGAGAAUGGAGUUGGAGUAAGAAAAUAAUAGGUGAUUUUUACACUGGACUGCUUUACAUGAACCUAAAACAGUAGUCAAGACAGCUGCUCAUCUAUAACUAUGGUCCCUUCUCACUCUGAAAGCAGAAACUAUCUUUAAGUGUAUAUCCCUUUUGUCUGGAGAUUCUUUUUGGAAUGAAGGUUUUUCCCUCUAUGCCAUUCCUGGCUAGUUUCCAAAGCCUCAUGCAAGAGGAUGAAGUCACAAAGCAUGUGUUACUUUUUAAAACAAUGAGAUACAGACAUCGAUGCUUACUUUUUUUUAACUACUUGUUUUAUUUCUUACAGAAGGUUGGUAUCACGCCUCUCUGUAACAUCGUUCUCUCUUUAGGUGGAAUGAUUCCUAUAAGAUCUCUCAUUAUUAUAGAAUCAUACAUUUUUAAGCUAUUAUAUCUUGGAUAUAAUCUAAUGUUCUCAUUUGUUAGAGGAGGAACCUAUAUAUUAGAGAGAGAAGGAAAUAUACCCAUGGCCACACAGCCAGUUAGUGUUCAGUUGGUACUAGACUCCAUCCAGAUGUCCUGACUCAUGGUAGUUAAAUGAUAUGUAGAAAAGGCAAAUUUUUAAAAAGUAUUUAUUAAUAUAUUCCUAUGAAACAUUUUGAAUAUAACAUAAAAUGGUUAAUUUUUCCAUUCUAAAGUAAAUGCUAAGCAUGCUUAUUAAUGAAGCAGUACUUCUAAUUAGUAUAUGACAUUCUGAAGUUAAUUAAAAUUGUUAUACUAAAUAUGUCUUUCCUUGGUGUAGUGUGGAGAUUUGAGGAUUGGGAUAUAGAGUAGUGCUUGCUUAAGCCUGGGAGCCCAAUUCAUAGCUAUUUGAAGUAAGAAAAGAGACAUGGCCCUAUCUAAACUAAGACAUGUAAGGUGAGCGUCCAUUCCCAGCAGACAUAAAGGAAUAAGGAAACUUCCCUGACUUCACCCUCCCAGCCCCUCCCAACCUCAUCUAUCCAUCUCGCAGCCUAAAAUAUGGAGAAGUGUUAGUGCAAGGUGCUGGUUCCUGCUUUUCUUACUUUGUCAAGAGACAGCUCUAGGUAAUCAUUUCAGAAGUCCCUCACAGACAGAAAAAGUAGUGUUUGUAUGUUUGUUUUUAAAUAACCCAAAUACAAAUUUAUGUUGUAUUCAGCACAAUUGGAGUUCAGGUCUUUAAUUUUAGAACAUAAAGUGCCUGCUGUUUUAAGCAUUGACUUGUAUAAAAAGAAUUGCAUGUCUCACACCAGUAAGUUUAUGGGUUUUCUCAUUUUCAGCUACAUAGCUUUUAAUCAUGUAAAGCGAAACAUUAGUUUUGUUGCGUUUUAUUACAGGUUCUUUGUUGCAAUAAAGAUGCUGCUAAAAUUAA